CCAACCACCCCCACUCCUCCUCCUUCCUCCUCCAGCCCCAGCCGCCAGGGCACAAACCUUUCCCCUCAAAAAUGGCAAUGUGAGCAGAGGAAGGAAGCUGAUAUGGUCGAAGAAGGCAAGGAGAAGCAAGGAGCAGAGAGAGAAGACAAGAAAAACAUGGAUGCAGGCAAGGAGAAGCAAGGAGCAGGAACAGAUCAGAGGGCACAAAUCACUCACCAGGCUGUUCUUGAUCCGUAUGGAGCUACUAUGUUUGGUUCUCAGGGGGGGCAAAAUAGCCAACAGCAACAGUGGCUGAAUUCUGAUGCUUGGAACCAAGGGAUGCAACAUACACACCCCUGGAUGCAAAAUCAGAGGCUUCCACAUGCUUCUAUUAACAGAACACAAAGGAAUGCCCUGAAUAUUCCAGUGAGUGCAAUUAUGUAUGGUAUCUUCAAUAGUCAAGGCAAUACACAGGCAAACUUGCAUGUGAACCUGGGUGCACAUACUUCAGUGGGUGAGUACAACCAAGUGUCUGCUGUGCUCCAACCCCCUGCAAACAAGGUCGCUUAUGAAGCCCCUAUGUCAUACAUGCAACUCCUACUUGCUGCUGAAGAAGAGGGUGCUAGAAAUGCAUCAUCUCAAUCACAAGAAGAUCGCCUUGUUCGUACUGAGAAUGAUAUGUACAUGAUAACUGGGCGAUACAGUGUAUCUUCAGAAGAUCCAUUCCAAGCACAUGCUGGCAGUGGAGCUCAGCAUACAUCUGAAGUCGAUGACCAGCAUGAUAUAGAUCUUGAACCUUUUGUUGACAAUCGAUUUUCAGAAAGCUUGAAUGAUUUGAACUAGGACAAUGAAAUGCAGACAGAAGCAGGAG